ACCCUCACAUCUCCCUAAAUUACAGCCCACUCCUCCACCACCUCUUCUUCUUCUUCUUCUUCUCUCACGCUCUCGAACAAGCGCCUACUUCUCUCCCUCUCUCUCUGAAAAUGGACGCUUUUAAUCACCUGAUCACCACCAAUUUCAACCACCAAAACGACGACGUCAACGAAGAAGAAGAAGAAGAACAACAAAAUAUUAUCAGCAGCGGUGUUGUGUUUUCGCAGCUAAAACCUUACUGUUUAGACCUUCUUCAACUCCUCCAAAACCCUAAUCCUACUUCUUUUUCAUCUUCAAUUCCCUCACUUGUCCAAUUCCUCCACGACUCUCCUCCUCCUUCUCUCCAACCUUUCUUCGACUACGUUCUAUUCCCUCUCCUCCUCCUCCUCGACGCCGCCGUUGAUUCUCGAAAACAAAAUCCUAAGCCUCAUAAAAUAAGCGACAGAGUAGCUGAAGGAGUUGUUCAGUGCUUAGAAGAGUUGUUGAACAAGUGUUAUUUAGUUUCCAUUGAUCAGAUGGUAGUGUUGAUGAAGAAGUUGACGUAUGCGGCCAUGUUAACGGAAAAUGAGGCUUCGGAGGAGUUUAGAGAAGGAGUGAUUAAGUGUUUUAGGGCAUUAAUUGAGGGAUUAAGUUCGUGUGGAGUUGAAGGCUGUUCAUGUGAAGAAAUUAAUGGUUUGCCUGCGCUUGUAGAGGCCGGAGACAAUCGGAAUGUGAAUUCAGCUCGGGAUUAUUUAGGAGGGGAAGGAGAGUGUUUGGUUUCGUUUUUGAGGUCGCAGAGUGCUUCUGCUGCUGUUGGGCAUUGGUUUUCACUUCUUCUCAAAGCUGCAGAUAAUGAGGUUGCUAGAGGACAUAGAGGGAGUGCGAAGAUUCGGGUUGAAGCAUUUUUGACUGUGCGUGCUCUUGUUGCUAAGAUUGGUACUGCAGAUGCAUUGGCUUUCUUCUUACCUGGUGUUGUUAGUCAAUUUGCAAAAGUUUUGCAUAUGUCAAAAACGAUGAUAAGUGGGGCAGCUGGAAGUGUGGAGGCUAUUGACCAGGCAAUUAGAGCCUUGGCUGAGUAUCUGAUGAUAGUCCUUGAGGAUGUUGCUAAUGUAUCCAGUCUUGAUAGAUCUUUAUGUGCUGGUUCUGGCUUUAAUUCAAAUAAGAAAGGAUCUUCUAUCCACUCAGUUCUGGAUGAACUUCGUCAGUUACCUGUUAGCACUCAAAAUCAGAGUAAAGUUGCAGCUGAAAAUUCAGUUGCUGAAGCAGUAAAAUCAGUUACUCCUGCAUCUGAAUUUCAAAGUGCUAAGCCUGGCAAUGAAAAAGGAGCUUUGCAUGUGGAUCGCACAAGAGACUGGGUUGAGGAAACUUCAGCGCACGUGGAUAGACUUUUGAGUGCAACCUUUCCACAUAUUUGUCUUCAUCCAGCAAGAAAGGUGAGACAAGGACUGCUGGCUGUCAUACGUGGGCUGUUAUCAAAAUGCAGUUGCACUCUGAAGCAAAGCAAAUCAAUGUUUUUGGAGUGUCUAUUUGUUUUGGUCGUUGAUGAAUGUGGAGACAUUUCUGCACCUGCUCAGGAGUUUCUUGAAUAUUUACUGUCAUCAAGCAGCAAACUUAAUGUACAAUCAGAUGUUGCUGAGCUUUUUAGCAGGCUUGUCGAGAAGCUUCCAAAAGUGGUUUUCGGCAAUGAUGAAUCACAUGCGCUCUCACAUGCCCAGCAAUUACUUGUAGUUAUCUACUAUUCUGGUCCCAAGUUUUUGAUGGAUCACCUUCAGUCUCCGGUAACAGCUGCAAGAUUUUUGGAUAUUUUUGCCCUCAGUUUGAGUCAGAAUUCAGUAUUUACAGGUGCUCUUGACAAGCUUAUGUUAGCAAGGCCAUCUUCAAUUGGAUAUCUUCACUCUAUUGCUGAGUUGAAAUCUGGUUCUCGAUUUUCCUCUGAUUACCAACCCAUUGUGGAUGUUGUUCCAUCUGAUAACCCAAACUCCAGAGAUAUCCAUGGAAAAGCAAUACAAAACCCUUCGCUCUCUCUGCAGGACAAUUCUGAGCUUCCACGCAUGCCCCCUUGGUUUGGUAGUCAGAAAUUAUAUCAGACUCUAGCAGGAAUUCUUAGACUUGUAGGUUUAUCUUUAAUGACAGACUCUAAAAGUGAAGGGCAUAUGUCAGUUGUCAGUGAUAUACCACUGGGUCACCUUCGUAAACUGGUUUCUGAGAUCCGUGAUAGGGAGUUUACUAAAGAAAGCUGGCAAUCUUGGUAUAACAGGACAGGUUCAGGCCAAUUGCUGCGCCAGGCAAGCACUGCAGUGUGUAUUCUGAAUGAGAUGAUUUUUGGUCUCUCUGACCAAGCAGUUGAUAAUCUUAUAAGAUUGUUUCAUACGUCUGAGUUAAACAGGGGAGUUCAAGCACCUGAUGCAAAAGGUGCUGAUGCUCAGCCCAAUACAGCUGAACAUCCUGAGCGUACUCGAUCUAUUUGGAAGGUUUCACAGGAAAGAGUUGCUAGGAGUCAUUUGAAUGAUUGUGUUGGUAGAAUUGCACACGAAUAUCUAUCUUCUGAAGUGUGGAACCUUCCAAUAGAUCAAAAAUCUUCUCUCAUACAGUCUGAUGGUGAAGUUGAAGAAAUUACCUUGCACUUCUUCCAUGAUACUGCCAUGCUGCAACAGGUUAUUAUUGAUGGGAUAGGCAUCUUUUCCAUGUGCCUUGGGAAAGAUUUCGCUUCCAGUGGAUUUCUUCAUUCAUCCCUUUAUUUGUUGCUUGAGAGUCUAAUAUGUUCAAACAUCCAAGUUAGACAAGCUUCUGAUGCUGUUUUACAUGUCCUUUCCUGUGCAUCGGGCCAUCCAACGGUUGGGCAAUUAGUCUUGGCAAAUGCAGACUACAUAAUAGAUUCAAUAUGUCGACAACUGCGUCAUUUGGAUCUUAACCCGCGUGUGCCAAAUGUGCUGGCUUCAUUGCUUUCUUACAUUGGAGUAGCUCAUAAGAUACUGCCUCUGCUGGAGGAACCGAUGCGCUCUGUUUCUCAGGAACUUGAGAUUCUUGGUAGACAUCAACACCCAGUUUUAACUAUUCCCUUUUUGAAGGCUGUAGCAGAAAUUGGUAAGGCGUCAAAACAUGAGGCUUCUUCACUGCCCACUAAUGCAGAAUCUUAUCUUAUGCAUGUCAAGUCCAAAGUAUCUGAUAUGGGAAAAGGAAAAAAACUGGAAUCCCAUGAAAACUCAACAUCAUAUUAUGACAAUGAUAUUGAUAUGUCUGACAUGGAAUCAGAGCAAUGGGAGAAUUUGCUUUUCAAGUUGAAUGAUUUCAAAAGAUACAGACGAACUGUUGGAUCAAUUGCUGGUUCAUGCUUAACAGCUGUGAUCCCACUACUAGCUUCAAUGAAGCAAGAGGAAUGCUUGGUGGCCCUGAAUAUAGUUGAGGAUGGCAUUGUGACACUGGCCAAAGUGGAAGAAGCAUAUAGGCAUGAGAAAGAAACUAAAGAAGCAAUUGAGGAAGUGAUUCGAUCAUAUUCAUUAUAUCAGCUUCAAGAUACUUUGGAUGCGGCUGAGGAAGGGACUGAUGAGAACAGGUUGCUCCCAGCAAUGAAUAAAAUAUGGCCAUUCUUGGUUGCUUGUGUUCGUAAUAAAAACCCAGUGGCUGUUAGGAGAUGUUUAAGUGUGAUAUCCAGUGUAGUAUUAAUCUGUGGAGGAGAUUUCUUUUCGCGCCGCUUCCACACUGAUGGACCACACUUCUGGAAACUUCUUUCAACGUCUCCAUUACAGAAGAAACCAUUUUCAAAAGAAGACAGAACUCCACUUCAACUUCCUUACAGAAGUGCUCCUACUUCCUCAGGGGACUCGAUGUCUGAAAUUUCAAACUUGAAGGUCCAGGUUGCAGUGCUCAACAUGAUUGCUCAUUUGUCCCAGAAUAAAAGGAGCACAUCAGCAUUGCAAAUAGUCCUCAAGAAGGUUAGUGGCCUUGUCGUGGGAAUAGCUUUUAGUGGUGUUAAAGGGCUUCAUGAUGCGUCCAUUAAUGCACUAUGCGGACUUGCAUCCAUCGACUCUGACCUUAUAUGGCUUCUACUAGCCGAUGUGUACUAUGCUUUGAAGAAGAAAGACUUGCCUUCUCCACCCAUCUCAGGUUUACCCCAGAUCUCUAAGAUUUUGCCUCCACCUUUAUCCCCUAAAGGGUAUCUUUAUGUACAGUAUGGCGGACAAAGCUUUGGAUUUGAUAUUGACUACCCUUCUGUAGAAACCGUGUUCAAAAAACUACUUUCCCAGAUUUUUACUAACCAAUUGUACAUAUAGAUGUGCUUACACUUUUUUUUUUUUUAUAACCAUUCUGCAUUAUAUAUCA